AUGCUAGCUCUUGCCCAGAGCCUCUUCGACGUCAGUACAGAUGAUGUGGUGCGUCGGCUGAAGCUCCUCUUGCCAUACCCGAGCCCGGAUAGGUUGACCGCGGAGGAGCUGCGAGCUCGUCCUGACUUCUAUGGACCUUUCUGGAUUGCAACUACUGCCGUGCUUUUCCUGGCUGCCACUGGCAACUUUGCCAGGUUGGUGGAGUCUGAACACCCCAGCCUCUUCAAGGCAGACUACAGCUUAGUGCCUUUGGCAGCGACCAUAAUUUAUGGGGGCCUCAUUGGCGUGCCGCUUUUAGCGCGACUGUCUGUUGUUUUCACUGAUGAGGAGGUCGCGAAUAUUGACUUCAAGAAGAUCAUCUGUGUGUGUGGGUAUGGUUUGGCCCCCUCCAUUCCAGUGUCUAUUCUGUGUAUCAUUCCGGUGUCCUUCUUGCGGUGGGUCUUCGUGCUCGGAGGACUGGCGCUCUCCCUGUACUUCUUGCGGGCAAACUUGUUAAUGGAGAUCUCUGUAAAAGUACGAUGGCUCCAGCUCACGCUCAUCGUCUCUCCAGUGCUGCUACAGGUUUUGGUGUUCUUCGUCUACAGGGUGCGAUUCUUCGCUGGUGACCGCCAGUGA